AGUGAUGGCUGUGAGAUGCGCUCACAGUGUGAAUAUCCGUCAUCUGAACUUGCCUACCGUCCAAGUGGGUAUUUUUCUAUUUGGCGGACUUUGCGGCGUGCUCCGCAGGAAGAGGAAGAAGUAAUUGAGCAUAACCAGAGAUGUGGCGUCAUAUAUCUGCAUUUCGUGCUUACGUGGGUGUCCAAAGCAGUGCGCAUAAUGCUGUCGAUAAAUACUGCUUGCCUCUUGGCGGCUCUCUUGGCGCUCGCCUACGUUUGGUGUCGCUACACAUAUGGCUACUGGAAACGCAAUAAGAUUCCCUAUAUGACGCCAUUCCCACUGAUUGGCAAUAUGCAAGUUUUGUUUACAAUGAGCAAUAGUUUCUAUCUAUAUCUAACGGAUAUUUAUAAAGACGCUAGAAUGUCAAAAGCUGCGGCAGUCGGCAUCUAUAUACUCAAUCGGCCAGCGUUAGUGUUACGUGAACCGGAACUUAUAAAAUCCGUGCUAGUAAAGGAGUUCCUGAAGUUCGCCAAUCGGUCAGCCGGCUGUGAUCCACACAAUGAUCCCUUGGGUUCGAAUAAUCUAUUUUUUGUAAACAAUCCACAAUGGAAGGAUUUGAGAACGAAAAUAACGCCGGUUUUCACAACGGGAAAGAUCAAACAAAUGUAUCCACUAAUGACUGAGAUCGGCAUGGAGUUGGAAGACCAUUUGAAAUCGUAUGCGAAGAAUGGUGAUGCUUUCGUAACUGAAAUUAAAGAGGUUUGUGCACUCUUCACCACCGACAUGAUUGCCACCAUCGCUUUUGGUGUGAAAGCCAAUAGUCUUGUAAAUCCAAACGGCGAAUUUCGCACGCAAGGACGAAAACUGUUAACAUUUACACUCAGCCGCGCUAAGGACUUCUUCGUAGCCUUUUUCGUUCCCAAGUGGGUCACUACACUGCGUGUUAAAAUUUUUACAACCGAGUUCAGUUCCUUUUUACGUGACACCAUCGAACAUGUUAUGGCUUUAAGAGAGCAGAGCAAAGCGACGCGUAACGAUCUAAUCGAUGUGUUGGUGAGCCUUAAAGAAGAGGCAGUUGCGAAGGGCGAAUAUAAUGCGCAGUUGCAGGAUAUGUUGACAGCACAAGCUGCCGUAUUUCUAUCAGCUGGUUUUGAGGGGCCUUCUUCGACGAUGACAUUUACGCUAUAUGAAUUAUCCAAACGUCCUGAUUUACAAGAACGUCUGCGCAAUGAGAUCUGUGAGGCUUUCGUAGCUGAACAGGGUAAAAUGUCAUAUGAGACUAUCAAUAAUCUACCAUAUCUGAGUAUGGUAAUGGACGAAGUGUUGCGUUUAUACCCAGUACUACCCUAUCUCGAUCGCGAGCAUCUGCCGAAAGAGGGGGAAAAGCAAUUCGAUCUUAAACCGUUUUACGAUUACACAAUGCCAGUAGGUAUGCCUGUUUACAUACCAAUCUUUGGCAUACAACGUGACCCCGAGUUUUGGCCCAACCCGAACACCUUCGAUCCUGAACGCUUCAACGCUGAAAAUAAGAAAACCCAUAAGCCUAUGUCAUACCUUCCCUUCGGUACUGGACCACGUAACUGUAUUGGUGGCCGCAUCGGUUUGCUGCAGUCGAAAGUCGGUUUGGUGCAUAUUUUGAAGAAUCAUUAUGUGACCACAUGUGAGAAGACACCGUCCGAAAUCACUUUCGAUCCAUUGUCCAUAUUUUUACAUUAUAAAGGAGGCAUUUACUUGAAAUUUAUCAAUGACAAACGCUAUGAACGCAAUAUUAAUUAUAAUGCGAAAGAAUGCCUACAUAGUGAUGGCUGUGAGAUGCGCUCACACUGUGAAGAUCCGUCAUCUGAACUUGACUACCGUCCAAGGCCACCACACAAAUCGGCAAAACAACUUAUAAUUAAUAUUUUUCUUUACUCUUCUUAUCAUCUACGCUCUUCGAAAGCAGUGCGCAUAAUGCUGUCGGUAAAUACUGCUUGCCUCUUGGCGGCUCUCUUGGGGUUGGUCUAUGUUUGGUGUCGCUACACAUAUGGCUACUGGAAACGCAAUAAGAUUCCCUAUAUGACGCCGCUGCCACUAAUUGGCAAUAUGGAAGUUUUGUUUAAAAUGAGCAAUAGUUUUUAUCUGUAUCUAUCUGACGUCUAUAAGGAUGCUAAAAUGUCAAAGGCUGCAGCAGUCGGCAUCUAUAUACUCAACAAGCCAGCGUUAGUGUUACGUGAACCGGAACUUAUAAAAUCUGUGCUCAUCAAGGAAUUCUCAAAAUUCGCCAAUCGGUCAGCCACCUGUGAUCCACAUAAUGAUGCUUUGGGUUGGAAUAAUCUAUUUUUCAUACGAAAUCCACAAUGGAAGGAUUUGAGAUCGAAAAUAACGCCGGUUUUCACAACGGGAAAGAUCAAACAAAUGUAUCCACUAAUGACUGAGAUCGGCACGGAGUUGGAAGCCCAUUUGAAUUCGUAUGCGAAGACUAACGACGCUUUCGUAACUGAAGUUAAAGAGGUUUGUGCCAGCUUCACCACCGACAUGAUUGCCACCAUCGCUUUUGGUGUAAAAGCCAACAGUCUUGUAAAUCCAAACGGCGAAUUUCGCACUCAAGGACGAAAAUUGUUCACCUUUACACUCCGUCGUGCCAUUGACUUCUUCAUCGCCUUUUUCGUCCCCAAGUGGGUCUCUACAUUCCGUAUUAAACUUUUUACAACAGAGUUCAGUUCCUUUUUACGCGGCACCAUCGAACAUGUUAUGACGUCAAGAGAGGAGAGCAAAGCAACGCGUAACGAUCUGAUCGAUGUAUUGGUGAGCCUUAAACAAGAGGCAGUUGCGAAAGGCGAGUAUAAUCCUCAGUUACAGGAUAUGUUGACAGCACAAGCUGCCGUAUUUCUGUCAGCUGGUUUUGAGACGUCAUCAUCGACGAUGACAUUUGCUCUAUACGAAUUAUCGAAACGGCCCGAUUUACAAGAACGUCUGCGCAAUGAGAUUUGUGAAGCUCUUGUAGCUGAACGGGGUAAAAUGUCAUAUGAGACUAUCAAUAAUCUACCAUAUCUGAGUAUGGUAGUGGACGAAGUGUUGCGUUUAUAUCCAGUACUACCUUAUCUCGAUCGCGAGUAUCAGCCGAAAGAGGGUGAAAAGCAAUUCGAUCUUAAACCGUUUUACGAUUACAAAGUGCCAGUAGGUAUGCCUGUUUUUGUACCAAUCUUCGGCAUACAACGUGACCCCGAGUUUUGGCCCAACCCGGACACUUUCGAUCCAGAACGCUUCAACGCCGAGAAUAAGAAGACCCAUAAACCUAUGUCCUACCUUCCUUUCGGCAAUGGACCACGUAACUGUAUUGGUUCUCGCAUCGGUUUGCUGCAGUCUAAAACCGGUUUGGUGCAUAUAUUGAAGAAUCAUUAUGUCACUACAUGUGAGAAGACACCGUCCGAAAUCACUUUCGAUCCACUGUCCAUAGUGCUAAGUUAUAAGGAUGGAAUUUACUUGAACUUUGUCAAUGACAAACGCUAUGAACGCAAUGCCAGGCAGUCAGGCCCGUAGCCAGCUUUUCAUUUCGGAGGGGGCUGAAGUAAAAACAUAUAUAAACUUCGAAUUUUCUGUUUAUUAAAAAAAAAAACAAUAUAAAUUCAUAUACGUAUUACUUAAA